CAAAUAGCGUUAUCGGCGGUACCAAACGGGGGGUUUUCAUCCACAACACUUCAUAGAUAUCAUUACUCCAUUAGCUACGGGACUUAUGUGAAAGUUAGAGCAAAGCAUCAGGUGAUGCGGAUCCGAAGGCAAACUGAAGAGGAGAGAAAGACAAACGGAAUAAAGAAGCUGCCCGAUUUAGGCAAUAAGGGGCCCCGUUCUAUCAGCAAGACAUAACCACCAGUGAAGUAAUGGUCGCUUGUCGUCAACAAGUGAUCCACAACGCUGCGAUUAAAUGAGUCUGUGGGGGUGGUGGGGGCUGGCUCGGUGCAAAGGGAAGCAGUGUGAGACAUGGGCCAUGGUCUUCAGCAGCGGCAGUUAGCCCCGUGACCAUGACAAUAACGACUGGGCUAUGAUGUGAGCGUAAAGAAUCGGCAGCUCUCACAAAUGAAAUUUCACAUGAUCGGACCGUGGAGCCAACAGUUGUUGAUUAUGGUUGUCGUUACGGUGACGGUAGUGGAGAACAAAGACAAUUUGAUCUAGGAAGAUGCCUUUGGUGGUAAACCGUGUCGCGCUUUGUUCGUUAGCAACGGCUCAAUCGAUUCAACUACGUGAGCUUAUAGUGUGAACGUAUAAUCUUUACCCUCAGGUUUGGCCACAUCCAGGUACAAGUGCACUUGCUAACGUCUGCCCGUGUCUCGGUGGAGCGGACAGUUACUAAGUUUUACGGAAGUUGUGCUCGCAUGCAACACUUACGUGGUGACUUUUAGAUUAUCUCAUCUAUUACAAUGGUUUAUGCUCUGUGUAUGUACAAUGGCUUCUAGUACCGAUGUGCCAGUUUACACAAUCUGGUUCAGAAUAAUGCAAUGACUUAAGCUCCGCGUUUUGUUCAAGCGGAGUGAAGGAUGAAUCUACUUCCGCAUGUGCUCUGUUCAAGUUUAUUGAUCUUACCAGCCCUCAUCCACCUAUCUGAGAGUACUCAUCACGUCGAAGGAGUGAAGCACGUCAUAGCACUUAAGGUGGUACACAAAAAGAUGAAGAAGUAUCUUCCAAAGUUAAUCAAGUCAAUUCACGCGGUCCCCGUUCCCGUGCCACUUUACGUGGCUGUACCCGACAAGAAGGGUUUUAUACUUCACACGACUAGACUCCCUGACCAUCUACCGCCUGAAAGUCCGUGUCAGUAUGCUCAGUAUUGGCGUCCGAAGGAUUUGUAUGGGACCGGAUGUGACCAUCACUUCGGCUGGUAACAGAAUCUUACCGCUCAAUUUCUAAGAAACGUCAUGCGACCUGGAUAUAAUUGAUUAUUAACCAUGUGAAUAUAGGGCAUAUGAUUAGUUCUGUAUAAAUAUAUUUUUGACGCUUUGUGUUAUUAAGGAUGAUAACUUACAUCUAGGUAGUGAACUGCUAGUGAGUGUUUACAAUGUGUCAAAUGACUUAAAAUAAAAAACGUUGCGUCAUUAAGGAGGUCA